ACGCGCUCAGAUAUACUGAGAGAGCCCGGAGAAGUAGUCUCAGAUCCUGACGGUGCAGCAGCCCGCAGCCUCAAGCCAGGGGAGUCCUAGCCGCUUUUCAAUGGAGGAGAAGCCCGGCCAGCCACAGCCUCAGCACCAUCACAGCCACCACCAUCCGCACCAUCACCCCCAGCAGCAGCAGCAACAGCAGCCGCACCACCACCACCAUUAUUAUUUCUACAACCAUAACCACAACCACCACCACCACCACCAUCACCAGCAGCCUCACCAGUACCUGCAGCAUGGAGCCGAGGGCAGCCCCAAGGCCCAGCCAAAGCCGCUGAAACAUGAGCAGAAACACACCCUCCAGCAGCACCAGGAAACGCCGAAGAAGAAAACAGGCUAUGGUGAAAUAAAUGGUAAUGCUGGAGAAAGAGAAAUAUCUUUAAAGAGCCUCAGUUCUGAUGAUGCUACCAAUCCUAUUUCCAGAGUCCUCAAUGGCAACCAGCAAGUUGUAGACACUAGUCUGAAGCAGACUGUGAAGGCUGGUACCUUUGGAAAAGCAGGAAUUAAAACCAAGAAUUUCAUUCAGAAAAACAGCAUGGACAAAAAGAAUGGGAAAUCUUAUGAAAAUAAAUCUGGAGAGAGCCAGUCUGUUGAUAAGACUGAUGCUAUAGCAAUUCCAAAUGGUGUUAUAACAAAUAAUUCAGGCUAUAUUACUAAUGGUUAUAUGGGCAGAGGAGCAGAUAAUGAUGGUAGUGGGUCCGAGAGUGGAUAUACCACUCCUAAAAAAAGGAAAGCUAGGCGCAAUAGUGCUAAGGGUUGUGAAAACCUUAAUUUAGUGCAGGACAAAAUAAUGCAACAAGAGACUAGUGUCACAACCUUGAAACAGGGACUUGAAACUUUCAAGCCUGAUUACAGUGAACAAAAGGGAAAUCGAGUAGAUGGUUCAAAGCCCAUUUGGAAGUAUGAAACUGGGCCUGGAGGAACGAGUCGGGGAAAACCUGCUAUGGGUGAUUUGCUUCGUAAAAGCUCAGAUAUUAAACCUGGUAUGAGCAGCAAAAAGUUUGAUGAUCGGCCCAAAGGAAAGCAUGCUUCAGCUGCUGCCUCCAAAGAGGACUCAUGGACCCUAUUUAAACCACCUCCAGUUUUUCCAGUGGACAAUAGUAGUGCUAAAAUAGUUCCUAAAAUAAGUUAUGCAAGCAAAGUUAAGGAAAACCUCAACAAAACUAUUCAGAACUCUUCUGUGUCACCAUCUUCAUCAUCAUCCUCUUCAUCAUCUACUGGGGAAACUCAGACCCAGCCUUCAAGUCGGUUAUCCCAAGUCCCUAUGUCAGCGUUGAAAUCUGUUACUUCUGCCAACUUUUCUAAUGGGCCUGUUUUAGCGGGGACUGAUACAAAUUUGUAUCCAGGGGCUCAGCCACUGCUAACUACUGCUGCUAAUACUCUGACACCCAUCUCUUCUGGAACUGAUUCAGUUCUCCAGGAUAUGAGUCUAACUUCAGCAGCUGUUGAGCAAAUUAAGUCUAGCCUUUUUAUCUACCCUUCAAAUAUGCAAACUGUGCUGUUGAGCACAGCACAGGUGGAUCUGCCUUCUCAGACAGAUCAGCAAAACCUGGGGGAUAUCUUCCAGAAUCAAUGGGGUUUAUCAUUUAUAAAUGAGCCCAGUGCUGGCCCUGAGACUGUUAUUGGAAAAUCAUCAGAUCAUAAAGUGAUGGAGGUGACAUUUCAAGGAGAAUAUCCUGCCACUUUGGUUUCACAGGGUGCUGAAAUAAUCCCCUCAGGAACUGAGCAUCCUGUGUUUCCCAAGGCUUAUGAGCUGGAGAAACGGACUAGUCCUCAAGUUCUGGGUAGCAUUCUAAAACCUGGGACUGCUAGUGAGAGUGGAGCCUUAUCCUUGGAAUCCAGUCAUAUAGGUGACCUGCAAAAAGCAGACACCAGUAGUCAAGGUGCUUUAGUGUUUCUCUCAAAGGACUACGAGAUAGAAAAUCAAAAUCCUCUGGCCUCUCCUACGAACACUUCGUUAGGCUCUGCCAAAGAACAGAAAUACCAGAGAGGCCUAGAAAGGAAUGAUAGCUGGGGUUCUUUUGACCCAAGAGCUGCUAUUGUAUAUCACACUAAAGAAAUGGAAUCUAUUUGGAAUUUGCAGAAGCAAGAUCCCAAAAGGAUAAUCACUUACAAUGAAGCCAUGGAUAGUCCAGAUCAAUGAAGGACCAGACUGCCUAUUUGUAACCUUUCUGCAGCAUUAGAGCCACCGUUCAUGGGGGACACAAGGCUUUUAUGCUCCUAGAUCUUCAACGCAGCAGAGGAACCAUAAGUAGAAUCACAGGAUAAUAUAUACAAAUAUAUAUAUAUACAUAUAUAUAUAUAGUUAUUUAAAAAAGGCAACUGAAAGUAAUUAGACUUCUUAAGGAAUCAAAUUUAUUUCAAGAGACUACACAUGGUUAUUUAAUCUCCGGUACUGAAUAGUCUUUUUUGUUUUGUUUUUAUUCCUUUUGUUUUUGUUUUUAAGUGUGAAUGCAAGUGAUUAAUGAAUACAGACUUAACAAGCGUGGUUCUAAAGUUCCUGCUGUCAUCACUUUGGGCAACAAGUGACCCACUGGAAAGGCAAAUCCACUUAAAAUAUCUGUCUUUGUUCUGUGACUAAAGUGAUACACUAAUCACGGGGAACCCAGAAUGAUUCAACAUUUUCCCCUACUCCUCCCUGAUCUUUUGGUUUUACUUUAAGCCCUGCUAGAAUGCUGGAUAAAUGCCUUGAAGUUUGCAGGGGUAUAUUUUUUUUAGCGAAUAUCAUUUGCAUGUCUUGCCAGAAAUUAAGCAGCCUCUGUGGGGUGUUGGGGAAAUACUUUCUUUCCUUUUGGGGGGCGGGCAGGGGAGGGGAUUCAAGUUCUACAAUUCUGGAAUAGUUGGUGGGUACAUAGUUAACUAGCUUUGGUUACAUGUUGAACUUUGGUAACAGCUGAAGAAUACAUGAGUGUCAUUUAAAGAAAAGUUGCAGAACAAGCAGUUGGCUUAGAUAUGGAAAAAGUACUCCUGUGCCCAUAUUUUAAUGUAAUUGUAUAACUGGGAGCAAAAAUAUAUUCUGCUUUUCAACUGUAGGUGCUCCAGACUUGCUCUCUGUCACUAACACUAAAUGUGCAGUUUGUUUUUCAUCAAAUAUCUAAGAAAUUUGUGUACAUUUCUUUAAAUUCUCCUUAAUUUCUGAGCAAAAUCUAAAAGGAGAGGAAAAAAGCCCAGGAAAACUUUUCAUGUUUUUAGCCAGUAAGGAGGUAAUAAACCCUGCUUAUAGAACCUGUUUUCAUGCAAAUUAUACUCCUAAGCUUAUUAGCUUCUAAUUAUAUCUUAAUAAAUAUAUUUUAUUAUUAGAGCAAAAUGGGUUUUUAAGGAAAAUAAUGUGAAAUUCUGGAAAUUUUCUUUUGGGCAGAGAAGAGCAUUAGCCCUGUCUUUAUCAUUACAUUGCCAUCCUGUUGCACUGCAGCUUGUGUAUAGCAUGCUUAAAAUAAAUUGUGAGUGUGUGUGUGUGUGUGUGUGUGUGCAGAAACUAAGGGUCCAAUUUUAAGAUUGGGUGAUAUUGGUGACAUAACAAGUUUUCUGGCCUGACAUAGCAUCACAUCACACACGUACACGCAGAGAAAUUAGUAUAUCCAUGUAUGUCAAAUACAGGUUAAAAUAGCAGGGCAUUUAUAUAUAAAGAGAGUUGUAGUCUUCUAAUAAAAGUAGACUGGAUCCCUUGAUAUUUGGAGAGAAAGUAACUACUUUUUGCUUUAUCAUUUUGCUUAAGAAAUGACUAGUUUUCGAGUGAUUGUAGUAUGGAUGAGUUUUCUUGUUUGUUGAUUGUGACUUUUAACAAGUAGUUCAUGAAAGUUGUUGGAUUGAACAUAGAGAAAAUAUCUUUUUAGUCUGGAUUUCUGCCCUGUUUAGAUUUAAAAGAAAAAGUAUAAGCAUGGAUUGCCAAUUCCACUUGAUGUAAACAAAACUUUUUAUACAUAAUAUAUAUAUAACUUAUUGUAUCAGUCCAGGUUCAGAAACUUGUGGUAGGCCAGUUUCAGAUAGUUUUCAUUUCACCUGUAAACUGUAUCACUUUUACUGAUAUUGUAAUUUUUAAAUGUAUAAUAUGUUUACAGAUGUGCCCUGCAUUUAGUCUGCCUUGUUCCUAUUUGAUUUUUGUUGAGUCUCCUGCCUGCUUGCCAAAAGCUAGGAUGCUUCAGGCCCAUGUACAAUUGAAAGCAGAGGCAUCCUUGAGCUUUAAAGCAUUGAACAAACUGGAAAAUGCAACAUACCACAUAUUGAAGUGGAAAAAGUCUGUGUUUUGUGUUUUUUUUUUUUAAUAAAAAAUUUCAAAAAAAUUUAAAAAAGAUAACGUUGAUUAAAGGAGGAAAAAAAGGCUCCAGUUUGUUUUACAGGUUUUAAAGUUCUGCUGUGUGUUCAAUUGCCUUGUGUAACCACUUGUCGCCUUAGGGCCAGAUCCCCCUCCCACCCCCUUUCCCCUUUUUUUCAGUGUCCAUUUUGCUUGCCUGAAACUUCAAAGUUUUUCUGUCUCACAACUCACAAGAAACUUUCUGGGUUUGUGACAUAAUGGAGGUUGAAUGAACGUAUAUUCAAAAAGGAAAAUAAAAUACCCCCACCCCCCAUUGGGCUUUUUAACUUAGAAGCAACAGUUAAUCCUGUACUUUUAGAAAGCUUUCACUUUCUUGAUUCCCUUUUCCAUAUCCCUCAGGACUUUUAUGUUCAGAGAAGCCUAAAUGAGAAUGUAUUCCUUCUCUGUUUGUCCAAAGGAUAUUUGAGUCACUUCUACAUGAAACAAUGCAACAUUUCACUUUGAUUUCUCCACUGAAUUUUUCUUGAUAUGGUUAGAAGUGUAUAGCAGUUAGAAAUACUUCUUAACUUUCUGGGAAUCCUUGUGCCCCAUCAUAUUAACUGUCAGUAUUUUGGGUGCAUUGGAUUUAAUGGACUUAAUUGCCUAGGUACAAGCAGGACUUUGGGACAAAUCUCCUUUGUGCUGUUUAGUUAUACUUAACUCUUUACUUGUUGCAAUCUUUCUCCUUAGGUCCUCACACAAUUCCUUACAGAGCACUUAUUAAAAAAAAUCUUAAGAGUUGAUCUGUUUUCUGAUUAUUUUUGUGUAAGCUUUUAAAACUUCAGCUGUGAUUAAUUUAGCACAUUUAAAUAACAAUAUGUAAUUGUUGGUAUAAAGAAUUUUCCUUCAACUCAGAGUAUUAGUACUGUAGCAUAAACCAAAUACAGUCUAGAGGGAGUUUUUAACAUCCCUCUAUUAAAAAAGACUGAAACAGGUGUGUGUGUAUGUGUGUGUGUGUGACAGAUGGAGAUAUAGAAUUAGUAAAUGAAUGUGUAAGACAUUAGUAUUCAGAGAAUGAAACUUGUAUUUAUUUUGUGCCAUUUGUUUUCAUUACAAGAAUAAAGUCAGUUGGUUUAAAUACUUAAAAGGGGAUAGUAUUUGAAAAAAUGGCACUAAGAAAUUGUGACCUAUUUUUUUAAUAGCUAUGAAGAUACUAAUUAUGGGUGAAGAUUUCUUUUAAAAUUUGUCUUAAGAUUGUAGGCUUUCGUGUCACAUACCACUCACUUUUGUGUAGAUGUCUUGAAUCUCCUUUCCCCACAAAAGACAGGGUGUAUUUAUCUUUUUCACUAUUCACUACCCUCCCCCCCCCUUGCUGAAGUUAAUUGCAGUCUAUCCUCUUUAUCUUCCCUUAAAGUGUAUUUACAACAUCUCUAAUAGCCCUUCUCUACUUUCUAAGAGGAGAUAGCCAAGGAAUGGUAGCUUAUUUUGUUUUUAAAUAGAAGUUAAGAGAAUUUCCAUUUUAGAAUUUUACUGUCCUUAAACAUCUGCUUACCUAGUCAUCACUCAGUAUGCAAAAACCUUAUAAAAGGAAAAGUGCUGCAUUGUUUUUUUCAAAUGACAAUUUUUAGGAACAUAAACUGCAACUAUGGGAGUUGUCCAUAAUACAAAAAUAUGCUUCACAAGUUACAACAUAGCAGCAGUUGUUUCAUACUUGGCUGUUUAAACUUGGUGUUAAUCCACAUCAGAGGCAUCUAAUGACUAACUUUUUUUUUUAGACAGGGUCUUAAUGUAUCACAGGAUGGCUUCAAAAAUGCCUGAGUGCUGAGAUUUAGGUAUUCACUAUCAUACUCUGCUUCUAAUUUUUCUUUUGUAAUGGUAAACUUUAAACAGAAAAAGGCCAUUUAGUGUGAAAUUGUAUGUUAUGUACCAAAUGGCCACAGAAGCAAGGAUUAGCUCAAAAGGACUUUAUUCAGUUUUUGAGAGUCAUUCUUGCAAGGCUUUCUUCAGAGAAAUUGGCCAAAAGUUAAAUUUCCAAGUGUUAUGUGUAUAGUUACACCCCUGGAUAUGUAUAUUCAAUACAUGAUCCUUCUUAAUAGCUAACCAUGGAGAACUGGUACACUGUUGUGGGAUGAAAAUACAUGUGGACAAUAGUUUCUAUGAUAAGGCAUGUUGAUAACACACAUCAAGGUAGAUUGAUAGGAUAGUGUCUAUUAACCCUGCCAUACAUAACUAAAGACUUUUGAAAGGGAAGGAUUUAUCUCCUCAAAAUAAGUGUUUUGAAAGGGCAGAGGGUGAAGUUUGAAGCAUAAAUAGCUGCUUUAAGUUUGUCAGAGGCACAUAGAUUAACUUCUUAAAAUGAAUAUUUUUAUUGACAAAGCAUCAAUUAUUUUCAUGGUGAAAAAGUUGGGCUUCUGGGUAUCUUAAAAUGUAUCUAACCAAAAAACAGUUAAAAUGUAUGAAAAGUAGGACUACCCUGAGUUGGUUUAAAGAACGAUAAGUCUAUCGACUCCGAUCAAAAACACUGCUUUAUGAGUUAAAUUUCACACCAUUUUGCUGCUCAAGAAAGGUCUUAAAGUAGUUAAAGGAUGCCAGCAUCUGUAAUCAACAUGAGUCAAAAGGCUGGAAAUGAACAGCCAUCUAUACAUGAUGGGAUUGCUGAUUCAGACUUUCCUACUCAUAAAAUUUUGUUAUGUCAGUUCUAAAGCCAUUUUAUAGUUCUGCAGUAUCCCUUUUCUACAGCCUUAAUAGCUACAGUUUUUUUUUCCCUAGUUUAGUUUAUGUUUUUACUAUAUAUCAAAGUUGUACUCUGAAGAUCAACAAACCAAUUUGAGGUAAAUUACAUAGCCCUUUUUUCCUCAGGUGCUAAACAAAGGCUCAUAAAAGGGAUAACUGUUUUAGUAGAGUCUGCUUUAUUAAAAAUACAUUUCUUUUGCUAGGUGUAAAGAUCUGGUGUUAACAAGUGGUUUUAAUAUGUAAAUAUGAUCGAAUGCCUUUAGUUGCCCUUGUUUAUUCUGUUGUCAUUUAUCUUUUAUAUAGAGGAGGAUCCUUUCAAGAUCUUGAAUACAUUUCAUUUAGGUAUUGCAUUUUUAGAAUGAAAACAACUGUUUUCUUAGAUUAAGCCUGCUGCUGCUAUGAGAACUGAAUCAAGAAUGUGAUGCACUUUUUACAUUACUGUAUACAGUACAUAUACCAUAGUUUGCUUUGAUACAUUUUCUGUAGCACAGCCACUAACAAAAAUGAAGUUUAUAAUGCCCUUUGGGAGGAAAUUAGUACAAGUAACUAAUCAUAGUUGGUAUUGGUCUAUGAAGGACAAUAACUUAGGAAAAUAAAAAUUCUGUUAACAUACUUUUUGGCCUUAAAAUGUCUUCUACUACUGAAAAUAUUUUAAAUCUUAGCUUUGUUUCUGUUAUUCCCUCCCUGCCUCAUAAAGAAUUGGGAAGAAUGACCUAAAGGAAAUAGUAUCAUUGGUUUGUUACUGAUUUUUUAGAAAGAAAACAAUUGUCAACUCUAGAUUAGCUGGAGGCUUUGUGUCCAGGAAGAAGUAAUGCUGUUCUGUACCAGUCAGAUAUACUCAAAAGUUUCAAACUGUUUUGGUUUUCUAGCAUUUUUCUUUUUUUACUUAGGGUGAUAAACUUAAGUAUAUUAAGAAUGCUACUUGACAAAAGGAAAAGUCAUUUCUCAAGCACAUACUCAAACGUGAAGGAGAUGGAAUCCAAAAUAAUGAGAGAACACAACACCAAAUGAGGUGGAGGAAUAGGAAAGAUUUGUGGUCCAGUUACUGGGUUAUAUUUUGAUGUUGCCAAUAUUGCAGAGCCAAAAUUUUAAUUUGCUUAUUAAUAUAUUUGUUGGCCAGAGAUCUAUUUUUAUAUCAAUGUGCCUUGCAUGUAUAUUUAAAAAAAUUGAAAAGGCCAUGUAGUAAUGCCUGUGAUAGUUGAUGGUUCUUACCACCUCACAAAUUUUUAUGCAGUAUGGAAAGCUCAUUCUGUUGUGCAACUGGUGCUCUGUUCAAAAGUUAUAGAUCUUCUCAAACUGGAACUAUUUUACAAACUAGGGAAGUGACUGAUUUUCGGGUUUAUUUUUUUGUUGUUUUGUUUUUAGUCUUGUUAGUGGCUGUUCUGUAGUGAGAAGUAGUAAAAAGAAUUCUUCACUCCCACCCCUCCAGCACCUUCAAAUGUGAUAACACCAUUUCUUGUGUGCUUUGAAAAAGUUUCAGCUUGCUGUCUCCUUUAGUGUUAUAAAAAGUGUUAUUAAAAGCGUUGUUUGCAAAAUGUAGGGAGAUGAUGGAGUCCACAUUAAUUUGGGAUUCUAUGUGAGCUUUGAUCCAAGUUAUUGGCUUUCUAACUUAAAAUUUUUUAUUGUUAAAGCACCUUGCUUAGAAAUUUUUAAAUAUUUAUGUCUGCAACAAUUGUCUCAAAAUAAUAAACUGUGCAAUUUUGUCAUUAAAGAAAAAAAAUCUGAAUUCUCCCCAAUGUGACUUGUUAGUUUUUCUGUAUUUCCUGCGAGUGUAAAUGUGAAAAGCUUUGCUUGCAUUACGUUUUAGAAAUGCAUUUUGCACACUUUCGCCGAAGCUCCGUGAAGAGGUUAGAUCUAAGUAGAUGAAUAAAGCUAUGCACAUAUUUUGAAAGUUUAAUUUGUGUGUCAUUACCAAAAGUGACCUAUUAUUUUACUGUUUUUAGCUUUACCAUCUUCAGAAACAUGGUUCAAAGUUAUAGUUCUGGGCUAGCUCAUCAGUGGAACUAGAAGAGAGGGAAACUGGCACCUAUUUUAAUAAAAGUUCAGUUUAAAUGAGCUUGACUUGUAUCUCUUUAAGGGCUCUUCUUGAAACAGGGCAGCUUUAUCAGCUUUACAAACCAUUGGCUGUUCUUUCUGAGUGAUUUUUUUUUCCUUUUAUGAAAAAGAAAUAGUAAUUCAAACUGAAAUGAAGGAAAGACCUUUGCCACAUGGAGCUUUGUGACAUUUUUUUAUGUUGUGAAGCUAGUUUAAAGGUAGGCCAACCUUUUUUACUUUCAUUAUUUUAGCAUGAACUUAAUUACUGAAUGUUGAUAAUCAGUAUCAUUCAGUUCAUAAAAAUCAAAGCACAGGUUGUUUUAAAGGUAAUGUGUAUUUUAUUAAAAGUCUGCCCAAACUGAUUAGAAAAAAUUUAUUAAUUGGGCACAUUUGGUUCAGUUGCUGCAGUUUGCAUGUACUUAAAUAGCUUUACUUCACAUGUAUGUGUACUUACAAGAUUGUGUAGAUGUAUUGGCCAGGUCUUGUCAAUUCAUGUUUUAAAAGAUAGUAUAUCUCUUUAGGACCUUUGUAAAAGAGGCUAAUAAGUUUUAAGUAGAUUUCCUGAUGGUAUUUUCCCCAGGCUCUUAGAUAAAAGAAACAUUUCCAUUUGAUAGCUUUUCCUAUUAUAAAAGAUGAUUACUUCUCAUCAAGUGUGCUCCUGAUUUUGAAAAUUUGGCAGAACCCUCCUGUAUCUAAGUGUACUAGUCAAGAUUCAAAUGGUGGCCCAUAAUGAACUCAAGGCCUUAAAAGACCGAAAUGGAGGAGUGUAGUAGCUUUGGCUACUCUUAAGCAUCUGCCAGUAGUUCACUUUAUGUUUAGUGUUUAGAGUGUACUGGAGCAGCAGAAUAAUUUGUAUGCAUAGGCACUUGGGAGCUGGGUUAAUUAAUUUGUGGGAAAGGAUAAUUAGUGGAUUACAGUUAGGGUUUUUUUCCCCCUUUGGCCCUCAGAUACUUUUUUCAAUGUUUUGGCCAGU